AUGAGUGGUUUGCUUAGAUGUGCUGAAAGAAAUCCAAUAAACAGUAUUUAUUAUCAAACCAUGUUUCGAUCAAUGAUUAUUGUGUCAGCAUUAUGCAUUGUAUUUUCAUUGGUCAAAAUCAAAUGUGCAGUACCGUCACCGGAAUAUGAAAUGGAUCGAUAUCCAAUGAUGUCACCAGAACUAGUUGAACCAUACGAUGACGCAUAUCGAUAUUAUCUUCCAAGUCCACGUGAUUCAUUAGUUCGACGUUUGAUGAAAAGAAAAUAUUACAUAUCACAAAGACUUGGUUAA